AUGCAAAUUAAAAAAUCAGCGAACAUUGCUCGUCGGUUGGCUGAAAUGCCACCCGAUUUGAAAAAUUUGGUUAACUCGCUAUUGAAAAUGCCUGAAAAUGAGCUUCCAGAACACAUUGAUGCAUUUUGCAGUGGAUGGAAUCGUCCACGAGGUGAUUUGUGUCACUGGAUUCCAGUUCUCAAUCAUAUGGAUACCAUUCUUGAGAAGCUAGUUAAAAGGUAUGGCUUGGAUCAAGAUGAAAUUUCACCAAAACUUUUUUCACCUGAAGAUGAGCGUCUUGUUACUUCGAUCCUUAACUUUUCGACUUUUCUUUUGGAUAAGUCUUCCAACAGAGGUGUUUACAACAGCGAGACUUAUGUCAACAAUCUUACUUUAUCAAUUUCUCCAGAAGUCACUAGCGCAGCUCUCAAACUUUCUGGUCGUCUAGCAGAACGUAAUGUUCAUUCAAAAGGUUCUCGAAAUAUAUUGCAGCAUUCUGAUAUUUUGAGAUUGUUGAAAUUUGCAGUUUGCGUUACUUCUCGAACAGGUGAUAGUUCUUCCUCAGCCGAUGACACUAUUCUCUCCUACUUCAACAAUACUGAUGUUCCUAGUGGCUUUUCAUUACAAUACUAUAAUUCUGAGUCACAGCUAACCACAGCCAAACCAUCUAACAUUUUUAAGUCAUCUCAAACAUCUCAAAAUGAUGCAUCUCGCACACACGCACCUACUCAUCAUAAGAUCCGUAAAGCAACAUCUUCAUCAUCUUUAAAAUUUAAAUCACAGGAGUCUCGUGCGUCGAUAAAUAAAGAAGGUCUUACUGAGUAUACCAUUUCAACUAAGGAUGCAGUUGAACGCCCUUUUGAUUUAGUCAUUGCCGAUGCUUUUAAGGUUGUUCCUAAAAACUAUUGGCUUGACGUUGUCAUUAAAGCCCAAAUUGCAAAAUCCACCGCAAAUACUGAAGAAGGUGCUAGACUACGUUCUCUCAUGAUUCAAAUGCAGUGCAACGCACUCACUGUUAUUUCUACUGCUAUCGUUAAUGUCAAUGAGAACAUUUACGAAUCUAAAAUCAUGAACGAUCAUCCAAAUCUCAUUAAGCAGUUGGCCGAAAUUUUGGUCCCAGAAAACCCAUUUGACAUACAUGUCAGAAAUGCAGCUAUUGAUUCUUUUUGUGCUCUUUGCUGCCAACCUGCAGCUGUUCCUGAAAUUACAAUCAAUCUUUCUUCUAAUGUUAGUUAUGGAACUCUGAUGCAUGUUAUGCGCAAUAUCCUAAAAGAUACUAGAAGUGGGAAAAAGCUGGACGACGAGUACUACUUUUUCACCGAUGGUAUGAUUUCGUUAUCCACACAACUGAUGAUGACUGUGCAACCUAAUGCUGCAGCUUCAACAGCUGGAGGAGGCAUGGUUCCUUUAUUUUGGGAACUUGUCAAAGAAGAAAAGGCUGGUCCACGUUUGCGUUCCAAUGCUCUUGAUGGGUUGAUGCGCAUUAUUUCAGAGUAUAUUCCCGGAUACUUGAAUACCUUUUUGCAGCAAGAAAAUGGAGGUCAAAUUUUAAUGAAGAUUCUUGAAGAAACUGUUGAGUCUGCUCUUGAUCCUUCUCAAUCUGGCUCACCUCCAACGUUAUGCGCUGUUGAUUAUAAUGUUAACUACCACACAAUCCAGUGGCUCAAGGUGAUUCUUCACUUUAUUGUUUCCAUUACUUCUCAAGCACGGACCGCUGAAAGAAUCCAACAAGUUUUGGAUUCCCCGUUUUUAACUUUUGCUCCCAAAAUUAUUUCUAACCCUAAGGCUUUUGGGUUCCGCAUCAUUUCUCUUACUCUUGGAAUUAUUGGAAGCUUAUUGGAAAAUGAAUCUUCUACGUUUGGCAUCAUGGUUGAAAAUCAGUCUAUUGACAAAAUCUUGGCCGAGAUUCCUAAUUUAUUGGAGUUUUCUUCAGGUCUUCAUGGUCCUGUUGCAAAGUUUCUUAGCUCAAUUGCCCACAAUGAAAAUGGUUUAACUCUCAUUAAAGAAAGAGAUAUAUUUAAUGAGUAUUUUAAGCUGAUUUCUAAAAAUCUUGGUGAAAAGGAUAGCUUAAAACAUCUUGGUAUUUGUUUAGAUCAAAUAUGUACUGAGCAUGCCACACUUCGUCCAGUCGUCAUUCGUGAAGCGAUUAAGUUGAUUGAUAUUAUUAUUGCUAAACUAAAUACUCAUGACUCGCGCCUACAGUUUUUCUAUGAGCUCGACACAACCAGCGAAGGUCUUGAAGAGGACAUCCCAUUAGCAAAACGUUAUUUCUUUUUGACUUCAACUAUUUAUUUCAUUGAACACCUUCUAAAGAAUCACUUUUCUCGCGUUGAGUUUAUCAAGCAACGUGGUGUGGAACGGAUCCUUGAUAUUUUUGAAAGCCCAGCACUUUCAUUUGAUUUUGCAUUUAACGGUCCGGCUACAUCUCUCAAUAAAACUGUAAAGCAACUUUUUGAUUUAGAUAUCGAUACUUCUUACAUCACGAACGCUCUUCUUUCAAAAAUGGCCUCUAUCAUCGAUAAGGCUGAGGCUAAAGCCCAGCUCCUGACAAACCUUACAGAUGAUACAAUUCAAGAAGAGGCUUUCGUUGAUUUCAUCAAAUCGAUUGGUCCAGUGGAAAACAUUUUCCAAUGCUUUUUGUUCACUGCGUUUACCAAUUAUGGUACUGGCUACCGUAUCAGUGCUGUGCUCAAAGCCAUUGCUUGUGAAAAAAGUGAUAAGAAAAAGGAGCCCGAUACCACAUUAGAUUUUGAUUAUAAAGAUCUCAUCAGCAGAAUUGGAGCUCUUCAUCAGCAUAUAACAUGGGAGUCUGCUCGUGUCCGAAAUUUUAUUUCUUUAGAAGUUUCUGAUGCUACCAUGUCUCUUCCUUAUGACCCUGUUCUUAAUUCCUAUUUCCGCAGUUAUCAAGAUUCAAGCGAAUACAAGAAGCUUAAAGAAGCUGAGAGUAAACUUCCGGAGGACUAUGUUCGUUCAGAGAAGUAUCGUAUCAUCAAAGCAUCUAGAUUUGUUCUUUCAUCAUCUAGCACUUUGAUAAAUGAAUGUUUAGGGACUAUUUCUUUCUUUUUAUCAUCCAUCCUUCCCUCUCCUGCAUCCGACAAGUCUGCAUACAAACUUCUUGACACCAUCACUAAAUCUUACUGUGAUCAAUUUUCUUUAUAUAAAGAAAGACAGUCUUAUGGCUCUAUCUCUGCAUGGUUUGCCUGUUUUGCUCUAAGAAGUCUGAAAGAUGUUUUGUUGAUAAACAGUAGCUCUAAUGCUACAUCUAAACUUCUUCUUGGAAGCCUUAUUUUCUUUAAGCAGAACGGUGGAAUUUUGCUUUUGUCUGAUAUUGCACAAACAUUAUUUAAAGAGCCUUUGCUUUCUGAAAAGAAUUCGGCUUAUUCUGGUGCCUUUAUUCAAAUUAUUUUGCAUUUUAGCAUGAUGACGAAUUGGAAACCAAGUCAACUGGUGGAUAGCGAAAGAUCUUGGGGAACUUCAGAUUCAGAUUUCCCUAACUACUUUGACCCCCAGCUUUUCUUUUUGGAGGUCUCUUUAACAAUUUUUGAUUGUAUCAGCAAGAUUUGGGAAUCUAACACUCUUGAGGAAAAGCCUUACUUCAUCACCAUUCCUAUCAUUUUACUUCUUUCUAAUCUUUUCCACACUGCAAAUGAAAGCUAUCCUUCUGACAGCCAAAGAACUGCUCCUUAUUAUAUUUCUUGGAAAGAAGCACCGCCUUCCGAAACCAUGUACAAAACAAUUAUGGAAAACUUUCAUAUUGAUGAAGAUGAUAAAGAACCUGUUUCCGAAUUUAUGGCGGCUACUCUAAACCACGUGUCAGACGUUGCAAUGGAGUUCGACUUAGAUAUUGAUGAGCUCAUUGCAAAACUUAAAGAAGCCAAAUUUGACAACGGCGAUGGAAGACUCACCGUUCCAACAAAGGAAGAUGGUACACUUUUAAUGUACCCCUCCGACUUGAAGCAGAUGUGUGAGUCCGUGCAGAAGAAUGCAGUUGAUAAGGUUCUUGGAAUCAUUCGCAUACAUCCCAAAACUGUUUCCGCCGCUUGCGAUUUUAUUUACCAAUUAAUAACGUCGUCUAAUCGCUCAAAAUCUAACAAGUCUUCUCCUCCCCAAAUUAAAACCUCUGCCAUCAAAGAACUUAUGCUCAUGAUUAUUUCCAUUGAUCCUUCAAGUGAUGAAGAUGAGAAGCCUCUUGCAAACUUCUGCCAUCUUCUUGGCAUUCUUUUGUUUGAUGCAGAUGUUCUUUUUGCCUGCCUCCCUAACCUUUUAGAGUUGCUUGAUAAUUUUGUUGAUAUUUUGGAAACCCCUGAUGCCGUAAAGCGUGAUUGGUUCCCUUAUGUUCUUUUGAUUUUGGAAACUAUUUUUGCUGUUAAAGAAAUCCCUGAUGCUGUCGACAAAAUCAAAUAUGUUCCACGCUCUCUUUCUGCCAUGACUGACGCCAUUCCCAAGACUGAUACUCUUCCUAAGGAAAUUUACAAGCGAGUUUUUAAUGUCCUUAUCAGCGUUGAUGCCUACAAGGAUGAGUUCACUAUUAUCUCUAUUGCUCGACUUUUGGUAUUUUUCACAAGAGAUCAUGAGUGUGCCUCUUUGCUUGUUCAAUCUCCUGUUCUUCCUAAGCUUCUUCAGCAAAUAAAAAGAUUUUCUACACCCCCUAAAGAAGGUGAAGCUGAAAACAAACUUAUUGUUCCUUUCAACUCCAGAUUUUUCAAAAGUAUGAAGGAGCAACUUAGAACCGCUCUUCUUUCUAUACUUCGCAAUGCGGUUGAGACUCCUGAGAUUGUUAAGAACAUUAUGGUCACCAACAUUAAAAAUGAUCUUAUGAGACACAAAUCUCAGCUUGAACUAUUUUUCCAAAGCAAGGUUAUGUAUGCUGCUCGUUCGCCACAGAUUUUCCUUGAAGCGCUUGCUGAAAAUUGUGUAAUUACAGAUCUCAACAAUUUACAAAAGGCACAGUUUAUUACUCUUCAAGAAGUUGUUGAAAAAGCUUAUACUAAGCUGGAAAAAUCCUAUGAUGAGCUUACAGUUACUCUUGACAAAGCUAUUGCGGAAAAUGAGUCUCUUGGAAUUACCACAAGUACUAAAACAUCUAGCGAGACUAAGGACGUUGAGUCUGAUGUUUCCAUGGAAGACGUUGAGCCUUCUGCUGCUCCCAAAUCAAAACCAGAAUCGGCUAGCGAUGACAAAGCUCUUAAGCCUACUCUUUCGAAUGUUCCUGGUAUUUCCUCUACCCCUGCGUCUAAGUCUCUUACAUUAGAAAAUCCUUCUGGUGUUAUCAACAUUUUACUACAUGAACUUUUAUCUAUUGGCCGUGAAAAUCUUUUUACACUUCCUGUUAAAACGCCUGAAGCACUCCAAUCCUGGAUUAAAGAGCAUCCCAAGCCCGAAAAGGGUAAGGAAAAUAAGAAGAGUAGUGACAAUCCUUACUUCCACUAUGGUUGCUUUUUGCUUCAAGCUAUUGCAGAGCUUGUUUCUUCAUACAGUGUUUGCAAACUUGAGUUUAUUAAUUUUUCGAAAAAGCCUUUGAAUGCUUCUACCACUUCUCUGAAUAGCACUGCAAGCGGUUCAACCAUCACACCUGGUUCAGUUCCUUUUAAGCCUCGCCAUACGGCUCUUAAUUUUUUCUUACAUGAGCUCAUUCCUAUUGGAGUUCUUGAGUCUAGUAGCAGUGUUCCAUACUAUGAAUGGAGCACGGUUUCAUCUUUUGCAAACCUUUGCAUUUUGACUCUAAUUUCAGCUACAGAUGAAAAAUACAGUGAAUCUGUUGACGAGACUCAAGGCGAGCCUACUUUGCAAUUUGUCAGAAAAUUUACUUUUGACACGAUAGCAAAAGCUUUCCGUGAUGCCAGUCAGUCUGCCAACGACACAUUGCUUUGGAGAUAUAGCAAGAUUUUUGCUCUUGCUGAUUUGUGCAACCGUAUGUUUUCAAGUGGUCCGGGUCGUAAUCUUGUGUCAUCAAACUUUUCUGCUCAUACUGUUUCCAUCGAGGACGGUCUUGCUAUUUGCAAAGUUGCUUUUGAUAAAGAUCUUCAAACUGUCAUGACUAAUUCUCUUGCUGAGAUUGAUCUUAAUUAUCCUCAUUGCAGAAAGCCUCUCAAGCUUCUUGUAAAGUGCCUUAACAAGUUGGCAAGGCUAGUAAUUGAUGUUUUUGACGAUGGAAGUGCACCAGAAAAGCCAGAAGAAGAAGACCUGUUUGCUUCCUUUUGUGAAGUCUCUUCUGACAGUGAAAUUGAAGACGAAAUGCCUGCAAUUUUCAGAAACUCAGCUCUUUCAAUGUACGAGGCAGGUGAUGACUUGUCUGAUGAUGGUGACGAGAUUAUUGUCGAUGAAAGUGAUCAUGAUAGUCAAAUUGAGGAGGAUGUGGAGGAAAUGGACUACAUCGAUGAUGAUGCUCAAUCAGAUGUUGGAUCCGACGCUAGUGGUGUUCAUGAUGAUGACGAAAUGUUCGAUCAAGACAUGGAUGACAGCGAUGUAGAUAUCGGAAGCAGUGCUGACGAAGAUGAUGAAGUAGAUGGCGAAGAAAUCAUUGUUGAUGAUGGAGAUCGCCGGGUGGAACUUCUCGUUGGGCACAACCAUAACCACGAAAAUUACAAUGAUGAUGAUGACGUUUUGGUUUUGGAUGAGCUUACCAUGAACGACGCAAACAGUGACCCACAGACUACUGAUAGCAAUGAUCGCACUCCAUUUGCAUCUAAUAGCUCCGCAAACAACAACCCAACUAACCAUUCUGGUCGUGGAAGAAGAGCGGAAUCUGAGGAGGCGCCCGGUUCAGGUUAUGAUAAUGACAGCGGCUGGGAGUCCUUUGAAGAAGGUGAUGAAAGUGAUGACGAAAUUGAGAGACUUGAGACCCUUAUUCAACAACGAGAUUUUACCGGCCUCGAUGAUGGUGAUGGGUCUUGGGUUGAAGAAGGCCCUAUGGAUGAUGUUGAUCUUGACGACAUUUUUGAUAGUAAUGACAGAAUCAUUCCAUUUUCUGGAGAUAGCGACAGCCAAUUCACUAACCCAUUUAGAGUGCAUCGUCAACGCAAUGGCAUGAGCUUGCUUUUUGGAGGCAACUCUGAUGGAUUUUUAAAUUCUCGCAAUGUUCAUCAUGAAUUGCAGAAUCACUUGUCUUUUUUGAUGAGAAAUGGAAAUCCUUUAAGAGCUGACGCCGAUUUUUUUUCUGGUAACGACAACAAGGUUUUGGAGAUUGCUGCCAAACGAACUAAUUUCAGAUGGGGAGAAGCUGCCAAUUUGUUUUGGGUUUUUGAUAAAAACACUGUUGUUUAUCGAUUUCUCGGCCAUUUCAUUAACACUAUUGGCGACUUUUCUAUUAAGAAAUAUGCUGAUUUAAAUGCUCUCAGCUUUAAGGUCAAGAAGAAAGAGGAAGAAAUUACGUUUGCUUACAGAGAAAAGGCCAAACGAGAGCAAGAAAUAAAGGAGGCUAAGGAACGAGAGGAGCGUGAGCGCAAAGAACGUGAGGAACGUCAAGAGCUCGAAAGAAUUCAGCGUGAAGAACAGGAAAAAGCUGAACGCGAAGAGCGUGAACGACAACUUGCGUCUUCUACUGAUGACAAAUUGGAAACUUCAAGUGUUGACAUGAAAGAUGCCUCCGAAGAAGAAGACAGAGCGGAUGGUUCUUCGAACCAAACUGAUGAAGCACCUGGUGAUAGAUAUAUGAUGGAGAUUGGUGGGCACGAGAUCGAUAUAUCUGGUUUGGGUAUUGACCAUACUUUCUUAGAAGCCAUCCCUGCUGAUAUGCGUGAAGAAGUUUUGACUCAACAUCUGCGAAGUAUGCAAGAAAGUGCCAGUGAAGGUGAUACUCGUGUUGGAGAGUUGGUUUCUACUUUCCUUAAUGCUCUUCCACAAAAUGUUCGCCGUGAGCUUAUGAAUGAAGAGGUCAACGAACCGCCUGCUGUUAUUUCAAAUGAUACAGGUGAUGCGUUUGAUAGAGCUACAUUUUUUGCUACGCUUGAUCCUGAGUUCCGUCGUACUAUUUUACUUGAACAAGAUGAUGAAACUCUUGACUCAUUGCCACCAGAGUUAGCAGCCGAAGCCCGCAUGUUCCGGAAUCAAGGAUUCAAUCGCCCUGAACUUCAGACAAACUUUGUUCCUUCCGAAAAUCCAUUCACACAAAACAUAUUCAACCGCAUAUUCAAUGAUCAAAAUUCAACAUUCAGUAAUCGGAUUUUGGGUGCUAACAUUUUUAACUCUUCUAGAACUAGUGCUGUUGACGACAAAAAACCUAAAAAGAAAACUAUUAGUGCUGCUUCCCAGAAUUUGAUUGAUAAGCAAGGUGUUGCCGCUCUUUUGAGAACCUUGUAUUUGCCUCAAACUCACCCUUUCGAUACACUAAAUGAGCUGCUCUACAAUCUUUGCACUGAAAACAAGGCUAAUCGCCUCGAUAUCAUCAACACCGUUCUUCAUAUUUUGCUUGAUGCAUCUAUUGAUAAGGCUACUCUGGAUAGAGGCUUUUUACAAACCUCUAACCGUGCUCGUUAUGCUCAAACUACCAGUAAGUCAGGCACUCCUACUGGUGCUGGUACGCCUGGACGUGUUCCCAUUGGCUACAAUGUUUUAGCGCAAGAAAUUACACCUAGUACAGUUGCCAAACAAGCCCUUGAAGUUUUGGAGUUUAUUUCGCACAAGGGUGGACCAGUACGAUACUUCUUUGUUUCUGAGCAUGAUGUUCCUCUUACUCGGCGCCCGAAUCGUAAAGGAAAAGGUCGAUCAAAAGACCGAGAACUUGCGAAAGAGCAUAAGUACCCAAUUAACAUUUUGAUUACUCUUCUUGGUCGCCCUGCUAUUUACGAAAAUCCAAUCACUCUCGAACAGCUAACGAUUGUUCUUGUUGAAAUCACAAAAGUUGUGCCGAUUUUGUUGAGAACUAUUGAUGAAGACAAGAAGAUUACUGAUUCAGACAAACAGGAAUCUGAUGAUGGUGCUGCCACUUCUACUGCUAACGACAAUCCUGAGCCAUCUAUAAGUACUGAACCUGAUCUUUCUGCAGCGCCUGAAUCUGGAUCUGCGGAACCUUUGAAGACUAAAACUACUGAAACAAAAGACACCAAGUCUACUAAGCCUCGCAAAGUUCACAAUCCCCCAUACAUUCCCGAGAAGAACUACAGGCUUAUUUCCAGCACUUUAGUUUUGAAGGAAUGCAGUAGCAGAACUUUUGAGCAGAUGCUUACAGUUAUGAAGAAUUUGUCUAGCAUCAAUGGUGUCAAGGACUUGUUUGCUAAGGAGCUUGUCAAUCUGGCUGUUUCUUUUGGCCCUCGUAUUAUUGAGAGUCUUGGAAAACUUAACAAAGCUGUUGAGGAGACCAAAACUGGCGAUGAAGUUCCAGGCCCUAUUCUUGCACCAUUUUCUUCUGGAUCUUCUGACCAGGCUCGACUUCUCCGCGCUCUUGCAGCCCUCGACUAUUUGUUGGAUCACUCCAAGGAUAAAGACAAGGAAAAAGAUAGUUCCAACAAGGACGCUGAUGCUACAGAUGAUGAUUACAUCAAUACUGUUUACAAGAGUAUGAACUUUGGUCCUUUGUGGGCAGCUCUUAGUGAAUCCCUCACUUUAAUUCAAAAGAAUUCUUCUCUUUUGUACGUUGCCACUGCCCUCUUGCCAUUGAUCGAAUCUUUGAUGGUUGUUUGCAAGCACAGUGCUGUGAAGAAGAUUUCUGUCCGUGAGUCUAACGCAACCGGUACAAACACUCAAUUCAAGCCUUCUUCCAAGAUUGAUAUUUCCAAUGCACCAUUGGAAACUCUUUUCUUUGCAUUUACUGACCAACAUAGAAAGAUCCUCAAUCAGCUUGUUAGAGCCAACACCAAACUUAUGAAUGGAUCUUUCUCUAUUCUUGUCAAGAACCCCAAGUCACUUGAGUUUGACAAUAAGCGCAGAUAUUUUACCAAGCGUCUUUAUGACAAUGGAAGCGUUUUUACCACACAGCUCAAUCUUAAUGUUCAGCGCGACACCACUUUCUUAGAUUCUUACCGUGCUCUUCAUUUUAGAAGUGCGGAAGAAAUUAAACAUGCUCGGCUUGUCAUUAAAUUUAAAGGCGAGGAAGGUGUUGAUGCUGGUGGUUUGACUAGAGAAUGGUAUCAAGUCAUGUCACGACAAAUGUUCAAUCCUGAUUAUGCCUUGUUUCAGCCCGUGGCAUCUGACCGCACUACAUUCCAUCCUAACAGAACCUCUUCCAUUAACGAUAAUCACUUGUAUUAUUUCAAGUUUAUUGGAAGAAUUAUUGGCAAGGCCAUCUGUGACAACAAACUUCUUGACUGUCAUUUCAGCAGAGCCAUGUAUAAGCGCAUUUUGGGCAAGCAUGUUUCACUUAAGGACAUGGAGAACCUUGAUCCGGACUAUUACAAGUCUCUUGUCUGGAUGUUGGAAAACGAUAUUACUGAUAUUAUCACUGAAACGUUUUCCAUUGAAGCUGAUGAUUACGGUGAGACCAAUAUUAUUGACUUGAAGCCUGAUGGUCGCAACAUUCCAGUCACUGAAGAGAAUAAGGCUGAAUAUGUCCGAUUGAUCUGUGAAUACCGUCUUAUUGAAAGCGUUUCUGAGCAGCUUAAUCACUUUUUGGAGGGAUUCCACGAUAUUAUUCCUAAGGAUAUUGUUUCUAUCUUUGAUGAACAAGAGCUUGAACUUUUAAUUUCAGGUUUGCCUGACAUUGACAUUGAUGAUUGGCGAAAUAACACUGAGUAUCAAAACUACUCUCCUUCUUCUCCUCAAAUCAAGUGGUUUUGGAGAACUGUUCGUUCCAUGGAUCCUGAGGAGCGUGCUAAGUUAUUGCAAUUUGUUACUGGUACCAGUAAGGUUCCUCUCAAUGGUUUUAAGGAACUUGUUGGAAUGCACGGUGUUUCGAAGUUUAGCAUUCACCGAGCGUUUGGAUCAAAGGAUCGUUUGCCCUCAUCACACACAUGUUUUAACCAGAUUGAUUUGCCAAUGUACGAUUCAUAUGAGAAUCUCCGCGAGGCUUUACUUAAAGCAAUUACUGAGGGAAGCGAUUCGUUUGAGUUUGCAUAA